UUUUGAAGUCCUAUGACACUUUGAAGACAGAAACAAUACCUUUAUGUCUGCAGCACCUUGUUUUCUGCGUUCAGCUCUAAAAAAGGCUCAGUGAACACAAAGACCAAAGAGGCAUUUCUCCUGGCUCAUCUCCUUUCAAUAACACAUCAUUGGUCAAGAGUGACUUGGUGCUCUGUAAAGAUGCAUUUUAAAUGAUAAAAACUCAGGGUAAACCCAGCCCUCUGCUCACUUACUGCAGGUCAUGUGAUUUGAUCUGUUUGACACAGCAAAGCAAUAUAAAGCCAGAAGCUACAGGUCACACAGCAAGAAGAUUUCUAGUUGCAGUGGACCUUACAGCCCAAGACACAAUCAGCUGGAACAUCAUGUUGAAUAAAUUCCUACUGUGUUGGUGGGUGCUUCUUGGCCUUCAAGUCACUCUGACCUCUGCCUAUAGCAGUAGUCAUUUGGAAGAUGUCAAUCCCCCUUUAGCAGGGGUAGGGAGUUACGUCAGUGCCAACAGUAUGAGGAAAGCCAAAGAGACUUCCUUUUCUACUGCAGAUGCCUUCACACAAACAGACCUUGACACGGCAAGCACAGAUUCAACAGAAGAGCUGCUGUUUGAAGAUGUCAGCUCAUUGGAGAACGAAGUGCUGUCCGAAGAUUUGGAGACCCAGAGACGAGUCGCCCGCUCUCCCAGACGAUGUGUUCGACAUUGGGAGUCAUGUCUGGGACACCAGCUUCCCUGCUGUGACCCCUGUGCUACUUGCUAUUGUCGAUUUUUUAAUGCUAUCUGCUACUGCAGAAGAAUUGGGAACACAUGUUCCCAAGGAAGGAAUUAAUACAAAUUACUUGGCACAUCUUUUUAUUCUUGUACUGUAAAAUAUGUUCAUGGAUAAGCUUUACAAAUGAAGCAAUGAGUGUGAUCUCUUUUUAUUAUCUUUUAUGAAACAUUAAUA